GAGCACAACAAUCGAGUUAAGCAGGAUUUCAUAGUCGGAGUGGAAGAUUUUCGAGGGUUUGUACAGGUUUGGUAACCAUUUAGUUAGUUAGUAGCUUUAACGGAAACUUGGGGAUCAAUUAAACGAAAAUGCUUUAGAAGAAAACGUGUUUCGACGCUUUGGAAGUCCAGAAGCUGGAAGUCCAGAUUUGAGUUCAGUCAGUGUGUGCACCCGAAAAACUGAAGAAGCGUGGCCAUCAUGGCUCGACACCUGCUGAAUUUCGGGAUCAGUUAUGCAGCUCUAGCUUAUUCCAUGACUACUCUGGGCUCAGCCAUGAUUAACAACAUUUUCAGCUUCUAUUAUGUUAAUCUCUUCCUGAAUAAAUACAAGAUAUCUGAAGGAGCAUUCCACCAAUCACAAGUGGUGUACAUGGUGUGGAAUGCGGUCAAUGAUCCUCUCUUUGGUUACCUCCAAGAUAACUCCCGGGUUCCCUGCUGCUCUCACAGACGUCUCUCCAUCCUGUAUGGCGCUCCGCUCUACUCCCUGGCUUUCCUCAUAGCCUGGUUCCCGUGGCGAUCGUACUCGCCUGAUGACUGGCUGUGUGGCUUACAUUUGACUGUAGCGCUGUGCGCAUUUGACGGCCUGCUGACGUUUGUGCUGCUGGCUCAAUGCGCCUUAUUUGCUGAGAUUUCCAGCCACCACGAGAACCGAUUAAGGCUCAUAAAGUACAACCAGGUGGCCUCGCUCAUCGGCUCCUCCAGUGUCCUCUUCUGUGGCAUGGUGUCCAGAAACAUGGAAGACUUUCCAACUUUUCAGACUUUCACCGUGCUGAUCGCCUUGUUAAGCUGCGGCUGCAUGAUGUACACAGGCUUCCACAGCGAAAGUCGCUUUGAUAAUAAACAAUCAGACAACUUGAUGUCAGGUGACCAGGCUACCAAUCAUCCAGGAUGCUCCUUCUCCAUGCUGAAGACGAUGACGUGGCAGAUCCUGAUCAACAGAGACUUUCAGCUGUUUGUGCUCAUGAAUUUCUUCCAGGUGUUUAUGUUGGCGUUCUUUAACAGCUUCACCAUGAUAUUCACCGAGCACCUCAUUCCUCCAGACGCGCUGCCGUCGAUGGCUAAGAGCGUCAUGUACGGCGCAGGCUUCAUCUUACCUCAGCUUCUAGUUUUGAGCAGUCACAGACUGCUGCUUAAGAUUGGCUACUAUAAGAUCAUCCUCUUCACCUUCUUCCUGGAAGCUGGAAUGGCAGCCGUCAUGCUGCUACUUGGUCUUCAGCACUACUAUUUCUUGGCAUUUUUUCUCACUAUUAGCAUGGUUCUAGUUCAAGCAGCGUUCAGUCUCUUCGGGUUGCCUCUGGCUGACAUUAUCGACACAGAUCUGCAGAAAUACAAGCGCAGUUCCCCUCUGUCCUCCAUGGUGUUUGGAACAAACGCUCUGUUCACUAAACCGGCUCAGUCUUUGGCUCCGAUGAUCGUUCUUAAAAUCCUGAAUCAGUUUGGAUACGAGCAGCUGAAAGGUGCAGGACAAGACUCAAACCUGAGUGCUUUGGAAGGUCUCCGCAGUGUCAUGUUCUACCUGGUCUGCCUGGUGCCCAUGGGUGUCGCUGCUCUACAAGUCCUGGCUUGGUGGCCGUUUUCCAUCCGCAACAGUCACAAAGUGGACUCAAAGUACAUAGACAGCUAACAUCUGCGUUCUCAGAAUGCUGAGGAAGCAGCUUAUGUUGUUGGGAUGUGGGUAAAUGCUUAAAGAAUUACCUCAAAACCAUGUCAAGGUUACUCAUCUUAAUGUGGCAGCUGAUUGGUGGCAUAAAUAUUGGUGAGACUAAAAUCAAAUGUAAACGUUUCAUUUCCUCCAAGUAUGGCACUGAACUGAGAUGUUUGUUAAUCACAGUGGCUGAGGCUGGAAACUGUUCUUGUAAUUCUUUAGUCCUGAUUCUUGAUUUUUACUCGUUUUCCAGUCAGUUAGUAUGAAAGUUAUUACUCCUCCAGACAGAGUUUCAUAAACUCUGUCACGUUUGAUUUUCCUAUGAUAAUUAUAAAAGUCCUGUUGGGCUUUUGGGGGGGAAAAAAAAAAUUGUGCACUUCAAUGAGUCAGCACUUAUGUUGAGGUUGAAACUUGAUCCAAAGCAGCAGAAACGUUUCCACUGACAUUUACAGAUCUACAGCACUUUGAGUCAAAGUUGGUCCAAUUUCAUGUCAUGUUUGAAUCCAAGGAUGUUUACAUUCCAGAGCGGAUGUUGGUUUCCUCGUUAUAACGGCUGUCAUGUUUGAUUUUAGCACAGCAGAGCACUACAGGUAUAUUUUGAGGGUGAGGAAACACAUUUAGCCUCAUUAAUGUUGGAUUUGGAUCAGUUGUUCAGACUCUUCAUGUUGGCAGCAUAUUAUUCAUGAAUGAUGUAUCACAAAUUAAGAGUCAGACAUAAAUGUAAAUUAUUUUGAUGAAAGCCAUGUUAAAAAAAACAUGCAAUAAUACAAAUUACAUGUCAUUAGGCUGGAAGGCACUUGCUGAGAGUUUGGGCUCAUUUUUAUUUUACUGGAAACAGAAGGAAAGCACGCAACAAUUAACACUAAUCCACCUUCUUUGUAUGCAUGGAUUAAAUAUAAAUGGCAACUGUUCUAUGGUCCAGAUGAUCGUGUUUACGUGUUGCGUUCACUUGCACAUGAAACUACACGAAUUUUGAGGGAAAAUGUGCUUCACAACAUGGCUGUUUCACAGUUUGUGACAAAAAAGGGAGAAAAAAAAACAUCCAUAAGAGAGAAUCUCUCGCAGACUGAGAGAAAAAUACAGAAAUGCUCGUUCCACCCACUCAUCCAUUUACCUUGACCUGCUUUAUCCUUUCCACAGGGGGAGUGGUGGCGCAGAGGUUAGAGAAGGUGAGCCUAUGAUCGGAA